AUGAAUUCCAAACAUAAUCUAAAAUAUAAAGCAGUUUGCAGCACGUUGUCUCUGGGCUCCUCCGGGUCUCUGUCCCGGUCCCAGGUGUCCCUGAGCUCCUCGUCCAAGUCUGUGGACAUCCUGGCUGUUCUGACCCACAUUCUGGGACAGUCGGUACCGAGGAAUGGCAGAACCGGAGAGUUUGUGUGCGGCAAAUGUGUUUCCGCUUUGGAGCGAGUGUUCAAGUUCGACACGGUGAUCGCCCGGGUCCGGGUUCUUUCUUCUGAGCGUCUUCAGAAGCUGACCCAGGAGCGGGACAGGAUCAGGCAGUGGGUCCGGCAGAACUACCGGCAGAGACACCCGCAGGAGCUCCGGAACCGGAGCAGCGCCAGCGAGGAGGACAGCGAGGCGGAGAAGGAGGGCUAUCGGGAGAUGCUGCAGGACAACAUGGCUCUGUCGGAGUUCGAGUGCUGGUCCGAGAAGUGGGACACAUGUCCGUACUUCAUCAGAACCGGGAAGCGGUGCCGGAAGGGCAAAGGCUGUGAAGGCUGCGACUCUUUACGGGUUUCUGAUUCAGACUACGAGUCGGUCUGCGGGGUUCCUCGCCACAUGCCCUUCUCCCCGCUGGAGCUGACCCGGGACAAGUCCCGGAGCAUGCCGCUCCACUGGACGCCGCGCCCAGAGCUGAGGAGCAUCCAGGGGAAGUCGCUCAGCUCGCCGUCUGGCAGUAAGAUCCCAGUGCUGGGCCGGAAGGGCGGGAAAAGCCCCGGGCCGGCGACACCCAGGGUCAGCCGGGUUCUGGACUUCGGGGAUCUGGAGGGCGGAGACGUGCUGACGGAGCUGAGGGACGAGUACGUGCCACUGCACCGUCAGAACAAACACAGCCGGCUUCAGAGUGCGGCCAGGCACCUCCGAGCCCAACUGGACCAGGCCGGGACCCGGAUCAGAACCCUGGAGGCCGAGCUGAGACGAGCCGGACCGGAGCAGGUCAACGGAUCGGAGGACCUGGGCUUGGAGUGUUUGGUUCUGAUCCGAGGUCUGUGUGUGGAGAGCGGAACCGGCGCCGAACUGGGAACCCAGCUGACCGGGAAGCUGCUGGAGACGCUGAAGGAACUGCUGUCUGAUAACAAGGUUGCUCUGGAGACUCUGAGGUCUGAAGCCACCGAGGCGGAGAGGAGCCUGGCGGAGGAGGUGGAGGCGCUGAGACGAGCCGGACGGGACCGCGAGGCGGACCUGGACACGCUGAGGACGGUUCUGCAGAGCAGCCAGGACGUGGUCAACGAGCUCCGGGCGUCUCUGGAGGACAGGGAGCGCCGGCUGGACGAGGCGGAGACGCAGAGGGAGCUGUGCAGACAGAGGGACGCUGCCGCCGCCGCCGUCCUGAAGGACAAGGAUGCUCUGAUCCGGAACCUCCAGCAGCGCCUGGAGCACCCGCAGUCGACAGGAAGUGAAGAGCAGGCGGCAGCUCUGCUGAAAACUGCAGAGGAAAACAACGCCACCUUGUGGGAAGAGGUCACCAAACUGAGUGCAGCUGUGGAGGCGUCGCAGGAUCUGCUGCAGGCUCAGCAGCAGAGCCACGCCCAGACGGUCGACUCCCUGACGGCUCGGCUCCGGGACGCCCAGCAGCAGCUGAGGCGGGCGGAGGAGCAGCAGAAGAAGAUGGACAGAGAGCGGCGGACCAGCCUGGAGGACGGCGAGCGGCGGGAGCGCCUGCUGAGGGAGAGUCUCCAGAAGAGAGACCGGCUCAUUGAGCAAAUCCUGGUGGAUGCAGAGGAGCGAGAGCGCCUCCUGCAGGAUCUGCAGCAGAACUUGCAGAACAAGCGAGAGCCAAUGACGGCCGUCAAGCACACGCUGUGACGCAGCAGCCGUUUGGACCAAUCAGGAUGGAGGAAUCUGCUGCGUUUAUACAGAAUGAGCAUUUCCACAGUUUGAGCUGAGCUCUGUGUGACUCAGAUGAUUAAUACUUGAAUUAUUGAAUGUUGAUUGAUUAUUGAGUGAUUCAUUUUGAAUGUUUUAUUUCAUGAGGUUGGAACGUUACUUAAUGUGGGACAGGCGCAGGGUUAUUUAAAGCUGCUUUAAUGUUUCUAUUUGUUUUAAUCUGACAGUCAAAUUUUAGCUGCUUUGAUUUUUCUCAUUUUUCUGUUUCCUCUGGAUUAUUCUGUUUCCAGUGUUGAAACACGUCACUGUUGAUCUGGGAUUCAAACUGGAAAAUGGUUUUGUCUUUUUGGCUCAAGAGAAUAAAAACCUCUGAACGGA